UUCUUCUGUAUAUAUAUAUAUAUAUAUACAGCGCUAACGCCAACUUUGUUCUCUCUGGCCCUUCUCUUCCCUUUUCAUAAUCCCAAGACUCAAAAGAACUUCAUUUAGGAUUCCUAUUCGUAUUUUGCACGAGGAAAUGGGAUCAGAAGGGCCAAAAUCUGUGACCAUUCAUGUCACGGGGUUCAAGAAAUUUCACGGUGUAGCUCAGAAUCCUACGGAGACUGCAGUUAGCAACUUGAAAUAUUAUGUUGAAAUGAAAGGAUUACCUGCUGGUGUGACCUUGGGCAGCUGUACUGUUCUUGAAACAGCUGGAGAGGGUGGACUUCCGGCAUUGUUGAAGGUUAUAGAGGAGUCCUCUGCUGGAAACAGUUCAAAUAAUGGACAAGUCAUAUGGCUUCACCUUGGGGUAAAUAGUGGAGCAACAAAGUUUGCAAUUGAGAGGCUGGCAGUAAAUGAAGCCACAUUUCGUUGUGCAGAUGAGCUUGGUUGGCAACCUCAGCGAGUGCCUAUUGUUCCAGAAGAUGGAGGAAUAAAUCAAAUAAGAAAGACAUCUUGCCCUACCGAGUCAAUCCUGGAGUUCUUAAAGAAGAAAGGGUUUGAUGUGACAAUGUCGGACGAUGCAGGUCGUUUUGUGUGCAAUUAUGUGUACUACCAUUCUCUCCGAUUCGCAGAGGAAAAGGGUCACAAGUGUCUGUUUGUCCAUGUUCCUACCUUCAAUAGAGUGAGUCAAGAGAAACAAAUGGAAUUUGUUGCUGCUCUGCUGGAGGCUAUUGCAUCAACUUGUUGAAUAUCAGUACAGUUGGCUUCAAAUGGAAUUCAUAGUUUCAAAACUUUCUGUUGUUUAAUUAUGUAAUUCUGAUUUACUUGUAAAUAGAUUCCCCAUGUGCAAUGAACAUC